AUGGAAUGCUACGCAGCCGCGUUGAAAACAAAACAGUUAGGGGAAACAUUGGCCAUUGAGACACCAGAAGGGUUAAUAGAGAAGGAACCCACUCAAAGGGUAGAACCAAUAGAAGACCUUAUGGAGAUAGAUUUGGAUGAAGAGGGAAUCGGGAAAAAGCAUCGGCUUAAUGAGGAUCCAUCUUUCAAACCAAUUAGACAGAAAAGGCGAGUGUUUACCCCAGAGAGGAACCGCGCAAUAUCACAAGAGGUCGAGAAGCUCCUGAAGGCUGACUUUAUCCGAGAGGUACAAUGCCCCCACUGGCUAUCAAACGUGGUCUUGGUUAAGAAGACAAAUGGCAAAUGGAGGCUUUGUGUGGAUUUCACAAAUCUAAAUAAAGCCUGCCCAAAUGAUAGUUUUCUUUUACUGAGGAUUGACAUGUUGGUUGAAGGGACAACAGGACAUGAGUUAUUGAGUUUUAUAGACGCUUACUCUGGAUACAAUCAGAUCCCCAUGUAUGCUCCUGAUAGUGAAAAAACUUCUUUUAUCACUGAUAAAGGUCUGUAUUGCUACAAGGUAAUGCCGUUCGGGUUAAAGAAUGCCGGUGUCACCUAUCAGAGGCUAGUUAACACAAUGUUCAAGCAACAGGUGGGCAGAAACAUAAAGGUUUAUAUGGAUGACAUGUUGGUAAAGAGCCUUAAGGCUAAAGACCAUUUUGUUGAUUUACAUGAAUCUUUUGAUGUGCUUAGGGCAUAUAAGAUGCAGUUGAAUCCAAACAAAAAGUGCCUUUGGGGUAUCCUAGGGAAAAUUUAUGGGGUAUAUGAAGAAAGGUACCCGGCAAUAGAAAAACUAGCGUUUGCGCUGGUUGUGGCAGCAAGGAAACUCAGACCAUACUUCCAGGCACAAACCAUGAUAGUGCUGACAGACCAACCACUGAGGCAGAUCCUUUACAAGCCAGAGACAUCAGGACGCCUUAUGAAGUGGUCAGUAGAAUUUGAGCUUUCUUUCCCUCAAAAAGAAGAUGAGGUCAUAACCUCUGAAAUGAAUCAUGAGACCCAGUUAGGCGAUACUUGGUCACUUUAUGUGGACGGGUCAUCAACUGCCCGAGCCUGUGGGGCAGGAUUAGUGCUUAUAUCACCAGAAGGAGAGAAUCUGAAGUAUGCACUUCGAUUUGGAUUCAAGGCUACCAAUAAUGAAGCAGAGUAUGAAGCUUUAAUAGCAGGACUGAAGCUGGCAAAAGCUUUCAGAGUGCAACACUUGAAGGUGUUUACUGAUUCUCAAUUAGUUACAGGAAUAGAGAACGAGAAUACAGAUGCAUUAGCUCGACUAGCAACUACAGUUGAGCUUAAGAAUACUAAGGCUAUACCACUUGAGUACUUGGAAAAGCCUAGUAUAUUGGAAGAAUAUGAAGAAAUAAACCAGUUAGAACCAGGGCUAGAGUGGGCAAACUCAAUAAUAAAGUACAUCAUGUACGGGGAACUACCACAGGACCUUGUGGAAGCUCAGAAGGUCAGGAUCCGAGCACCCAGGUAUACGUUCAUGAAUGGAGUUCUCUACAAAAGAGGAUUUUUUUUGCCUUUUCUACGUUAUGUGUCAACUGAAGAAGCUCAUUAUACUAUGAAGGAGAUACACGAAGGAGUUUGCGGGAACUAUGCAGGGGGCAGAUCUUUGGCCAACAAAGCAAUCCGCCAGGGCUAUUAUUGGCUUACCAUGCAGAAGGAUGCAUUAUAA